CCCGCCCCGGGGGGUGGAGAAGCCCUUGCACACUCUGAUGCAGGGGCAAGGCGUGUGCAUGGAGUUGGCGGAGAUCGAGGCCAUCCAGGAAAGCUUGCAGACCUCUGACAAGGAUGAGGGUGACCACCCCAACAACAGCUUCAGCCCCUGCAGCGCCCAAGACCGCAGGUGCCUGCAGAAGCACUUCGCCAAGAUGCGAGACCGGAGCAGCAGCGGGGGCAAGAUGAAAGUCUUCGGGCUGCCCCGGGAGGACGCCCGGCCUGUGCCCCAGGGCUCCUGCCAGAGUGAGCUGCACCGGGCUCUGGAGCGGCUGGCCGCCUCGCAGAGCCGCACCCAUGAAGACCUCUACGUCAUCCCCAUCCCCAACUGCGACCGCAAUGGCAACUUCCACCCCAAGCAGUGUCACCCUGCUCUGGAUGGGCAGCGCGGCAAGUGCUGGUGUGUGGACCGGAAGACGGGGGUGAAGCUUCCAGGGGGCUUGGAGCCGAAGGGGGAGCUGGACUGCCACCAGCUGGCUGACAGCUUCCGAGAGUGAGCCCUGCCAGCGAGCCCCACACUCUGGAGGCUGCAGAGCUGACCUGGAGUGAAGUCUGGGUCUGGGUCCUGGCUCUGCCACUGGCCCAGAAGUUUCCCUGGGAGUGUGUGUGUAUGUGUGUGUGCGUGCGUGUGUGCGCAUGCAUGUGUGUUCAUGGGCAUGGGUGUGCCCUUGGGGUGAGCCAGAGCCUGGUGUGUCCUCCUUGGGCUUAGAUAGCCUUAGAGGACUGAAAGUGGCCCUGGGGAGCCCUGGUGUGUCUCUGAGUUGAUCCUGGAUUCAUUAAUUCAUUUGUUCAUUCAUUCAUCCAGUCACCUAAAAACAUUUAUUGACCACAUACUACAUGCCAGCUCUAGUUUUCAGCCUUGGGAACUCAUAUUUUGACUUCCUCUGAUUUUGGCAGGUGGGGCCACUCCUAUAAGGUGAGCACAGGCCUGUGGGAGAAGAGAAUUCUCAUCCUCAGAGUCAGAGAAGACAGACAUGUUCCUUGACCACUAUCCCGAGUCAUAGGGUGGGAGCCAGAGGGAAGGCAUGGGUUGGCAGGUGGCUCAAUGGUCAUGAGACCCAGACCCACUCCCAAAGCUAAGGUUGCCAGUGCCCCCUUUGUUUCCCUCCUUAGGUGCCUCCAGGGGAAGGGUUGGGGAAACAAACUCACCUUUGGGUCCAGUUGUUGAGCCACCUGCUUGGUUGCCUGGCAGCCCAGACCCUUCUGUAGGGAAGGGAAGGGGGUCAGAAGAGGCCUGGAGGACAGAGGGCUGGGGAGGUCUCUCAGGACAGUCAGGGUGGAAGAAAGAAGGCAAGACUGGAUUGAAUGUACUCACAUGCUGGGGGAGAGGACUCGCUUGGGGUCCUGUUCCCUACCCCAUUGUGGUCACAGCCAUGACAUCAUCGGAACGAUCCCAUGCUCUCAGCGGCUCAGUGCCCAUGGCUCUGCCCCCCUCCCAUAUCCCCUCCUCUGCUGAGCCUCCCUCCUCGUUUCCCUCUCCCCUGGUCAUUUUCUGGCUUG